CAGAUGCUGGUGCCACGAAAUCCAAAGGGUCUUUGGUGACAGGCUUACGGAUAAUCAGGACUCAAAAUGGAUGGCCACGCAGAUCAGAGGUCAUCUUGAAGAAAGCUUCCAAGCGCCCUAUGAGUCCAUCUACGUUCGCGAACGUCUCAUAUUUGCUUCUUUCUUGAAUCAAGAUGCAGAGCAGCGAUAUUAUGAAGAGGUGCUCGACGUGCAGGCGAUGAAAGACUGCAUCGAGGAAUACUUGGACGAAUACAACAGCGUCAGUGCAUUGCAAAUGCCCCUCGUGAUGUUCUUGGACGCCUGUGAGCAUUGCGCGCGGAUUUGCCGCAUCCUGAGCCAACCCAGUGGAAAUGUUCUUUUGCUGGGGGUUGGUGGGAGUGGUCGCCAGAGUUUGACUCGCUUAUCGACCCACAUGAAUGAAUGCGAGUGUUUUCAGAUUGAAGUGGCAAAAGGCUAUGGAAUGAGCGAGUUCCGCGAUGAUGUGAAGAAGUGUUUGAUGAAGUGUGGCGUCGAAGACAAAGUGCAAGUCUUCCUUUUCUGUGACACCCAAAUCGUCAAAGAGGACUUCGUUGAAGCCAUCAACAAUGUUUUGAACAGUGGCGACGUGCCAAAUCUUUAUGCAAACGAGGACAUGGAAGCGAUCUCGGGUGCCUGCAGACAGCUCUGCCAGAGCAUGGGUAUGCAGCCAAACAAAGCAAACCUCUUCAGCGCUUACCUCUCCAGGGUGAAGAAGAAUGUGCAUGUCGUCCUUGCGUUCUCACCCGUUGGGGAUGGCUUCCGCAGUCGUCUUCGCAUGUUCCCAUCCUUGGUGAACUGCUGUACGAUCAACUGGUUUCGAGAGUGGCCAGCUGAAGCACUAUACUCUGUGGCAAAGCAGCAGCUCACCUUGAACUCAGUGCAGCUGAACAAGUUCGAAGGAUCUUUGAAGCUGUUUCAAGUGAUGCAUAUGAGUGUGGAACUGGCAUCCAAGCAGUUCUUGGCAAAGAACAAGCGACAUGUCUAUGUCACUCCGACCUCGUAUUUGGAGCUCCUGUCUAGCUUUAUUUCAGUGCUCGCAAUGAAGAGAAAGCAGGUAGGCACCCAGCAAAAGCGCUACAAGGUUGGCCUUGAGAAGAUUGGAGAUGCUGAAAAGCAGGUCAGUGGAUUGCAGCAGAUGUUGGUUGAGAAGAAGCCACAGCUGGAAAAGACCCAGAAGGAAGUAGGUGAAAUGAUGAAGGUGAUCGAGGUUGACAAGGCGGCUGCACAGGAAGUUUCGACGAAGGUAGCGAACGAAGAAGCAGAGGCGAAAACGAAAGCUGAGGCAACACAAGCUAUCAAGGAUGAUGCUCAAAAGGACCUAGACGAAGCCUUGCCAGCGCUGGACACUGCAGUCGCAUGCUUAAAGAAGCUCAAGACUGCCCACAUUCAGGAGGUCAAAGCGCUAGCAAACCCUCCAGCUGGUGUCCGCUUGGCCUGUGAAGCCAUUUGCGUCAUGUUUCAGCUGAAGCCUGUCAAGAAGAAUGAUCCGAAUACGCCUGGCAAAAAGAUCGAUGACUAUUGGGAGACGAGCCAAAAGGAGAUAUUGCAGGAUCCCAAAGCGCUCUUGGACCGUUUGUUCAAUUUCGACAAGGACAACAUCCCUGACAGAGUGAUUCAGGCCAUCACACCCUACAUGGAAAGGGAAGACUUUGACCCAGCUGCGAUCAAGAAGGCUUCCAUCGCAUGUGAAGCUUUGUGCUUGUGGGUUGGUGCGAUGUACAAGUACCACUUUGUCGCAAAGGCGGUGGAGCCCAAGCGGCAGCUUCUCCGUGAGGCUGAAGCUGAUCUAGCAGAGUGUAUGGGAAAGCUUGAAGCAGCCCAAGCAGCCCUCCGAGAAGUGCACGACAAGAUACAGAAGUUGGAAGCAGACUACAACCAGGGAAUCGCUCGGCAGGAGUCUUUGCAACAGGACAUGGCCUUGUGUGAAAUCAAGCUGGAGCGAGCGCACAAGCUGAUUGGCGGCCUUGGGGGUGAAAAGGCUCGUUGGGCUGACAAUGUGAUCAAGCUCACCGAGCAGCUCGAGUUGUUGCCCGGCGAUUGCAUUGUGGCUGCCGGUAUGGUUUCCUACACUGGCCCCUUCACGUCAGAGUACCGCACAAACUUCGAGCAAGAGUGGCUGAAAGAGUUGGACAAAGAGUCCAUUGCGCACAAUGAGGAGUGCAACAUGCGGAGCGUUCUUGGAGAACCCGUGAAGAUUCAACAGUGGGUUGUCUACUCCUUGCCCAACGAUAAUCUGUCAAUUGAGAAUGCGAUCAUCAUUGAUAGAUCGCGCAGAUGGCCACUGAUGAUCGAUCCACAGCGCCAGGCCAACAAGUACAUCAAGAACAUGGGCAAAGACAUUGAGACGGGGUUCGAUGUUUGCAAGAUGAGCGAGACCAACUUCCUGCGAACUCUGGAGCUGGGGAUCCAAUUUGGUAAGUGGAUCUUGUUGGAAAACAUUGGGUUGAGUCUCGACCCAGCCCUAGAGCCCAUUCUCCAGCAGCAGAAGGUUCGAGAUGGAUCCGGCUUUACGAUCAAAUUGGGCGACAAGUCAAUCAAUUAUGCUAAUACCUUCAAGUUUUACAUGACGACCACACUGCCAAACCCACACUACUCGCCAGAGACGUCAGUGAAGGUCACGUUGCUCAACUUCGCAAUCACACCUACUGGCCUGGAGGAUCAAAUGCUUGGCAUUGUUGUGGCAAAGGAGAGACCUGACCUCGAAGAGCAGAAGAGCCAGCUGGUGAAAGACAAUGCCAAGAUGAACAAACAGUUGAAAGAAAUUGAGGACGAGAUCCUACAUUUGCUUUCGGCCAGCGAGGGUGAUGUACUGGAGGACGAUACUCUGGUCGACAAAGUGACCGCUUCCAAGCAGGUUUCGUUGGACAUUGGGGAGAAGCAGGAGGUUGCAAAAGCCACUGAAAUUGACAUUGACAAUGCCCGAGAGUCGUACCGUCCAGUGGCAUAUCGAACCGCAGUGCUUUUCUUCGGAAUUGUGGAGCUGGCAAAUAUUGAUCCAAUGUACCAGUACAGCUUACAGUGGUUUCAACAGCUCUUCCAGCUUGCAGUGGAUCAGUCGCCGAAGUGUGAUGUGCUUGAGGAACGGCUUGAAAUUCUACAAGACUUCUUCACGGAGUCUCUGUAUCAGAACAUUUGCCGUGGCCUAUUUGAGAAGGACAAGACACUCUUCUCGUUCGCACUGUGCAUCAGAAUCAUGAAAGGCGACAAUCGUGUUGAUGAUGCAGAGCUGCGCUAUCUCCUUGUCGGCCCUACCAGCGAUAUGCUCGAGAAGGGGCCCAUGAUUCCAGCAGAAUGGGUUGGCUCACAAAGAUGGAAUGAGAUACUCACAUUGGCUCGCCUACCUGCCUUUAGAGGUUUCGAGACAGCGAUCGUAUCCAACUUGGAAGACUUCCAGCGAAUCUACGACUCCAUCGAAGCUGAGAAGGAGCCACUUCCGGAACCUUGGGAAAAGAAGCUAUCGCCUUUGCAGCGGCUGUGCUUUGUGCGCAGUUUCCGUAUUGAUUGCCUGAAAGCUGCCAUCAUCGAUUUUAUCACGCAGGAGAUUGGAGGAAAAUUUGUGGAUCCUCCGACUUUUGACAUUGCCAAAUCAUAUGCUGACUCUGUCAACACGACUCCCCUGAUCUUCAUCCUCUCUCCUGGUACAGAUCCCGUCUCUGACGUGAUUCGCUUUGCCGAGCAGGUUGGAAUGGCCAAGAAAUUUGAGCCCAUCUCCCUCGGGCAAGGACAAGGACCCAGAGCACAGAAAUUGAUCGACUCUGCGCGCCAGAGCGGAGGAUGGGUGUUGCUGUCGAACUGCCACCUGAUGCAGUCCUGGAUGCCGACUCUGGAGGCUAUUGUUGAGCAGCUCGAUCCGGAGACAAUGUCCAACAAUUUCCGGCUUUGGCUGACUUCGAUGCCAGCCAAGUCAUUCCCCGUGCAGGUGCUGCAAAACGGCGUAAAGAUGACCAACGAACCUCCUUCUGGAUUGCGGGCCAAUUUGCUUCGAUCUUACUCAACAGUCAGUGACAAGCUCUUUGAGGAGUCAAACAAGCCUUCAGUCUUCAAGAGUCUUCUAUUUGGGUUCUGCUUCUUCCAUGCAGUCGUCCAGGAUCGGCGCAAGUUUGGUCCGAUUGGUUGGAACAUUCCCUACGGCUUCACUCCGGAGGAUUUGGCAGUUUGCCGCCAGCAGCUGAUGCUUUUUGUCAACAAGUACAAGGACGUGCCCUACAAAGUGCUCAACUUUUUGGGAGCUCAGAUCAACUAUGGAGGGCGUGUCACUGACGACAAAGACAAGCUCUUGAUCUCUACGAUCCUGGCCACCUUUAUUUGCCCAGAAGCCGUCAACCAAACAGACAAGUACAAGUAUUCUGCCAGUGGAUUGUACUAUGCUCCCAACGCAGAGAACGUCGAGGACUUUGUGGAGUAUAUCCGCGGCUUGCCGCUUUAUCCCAUGCCUGAAGCAUUUGGACUUCACGACAAUUGCAACAUCACAUGCGCACAAGAGGAGGCCUUCAAACUGCUUCUUGGCAUGCAGAGCAUGGUGUCGGCUGGUGGCGGUGGAGGUGAUGGAAAGUCAGCUGACGAUGUCAUGGACGCAACUGCGGCUUCGAUCCAAGACAAGCUGCCAAGAGCCUUUGCGCUUGACGUAUGUGAGCAAAAGUUCCCCACACGCUACGAGGAGUCGAUGAACACAGUGGUCAAGCAGGAAUGUCUUCGCUACAACAAGCUUUUGACUGAAAUGGACAGCUCUCUCAAGGCAUUCCGAAAAGCCAUAAAAGGUCUCAUAGUCAUGACUGCAGAGCUGGAGGAAGUUGGGAAAUCAAUGUUUAUCAACGAGGUCCCGGAGAUGUGGUCCAAGAAGGGUCCGCUGUCACUGAAACCGCUGAGUAGUUGGUUUCCCGACAUCAUUGCGCGUGUCGCGUUCUUCCAGAAUUGGAAUGAUUUGGGCAAGACUCCUCCGGUGCAUUGGAUCAGCGGUAUAUUCUUUCCACAGGCCUUCUUUACUGGAGCGAUGCAAAAUUAUGCUCGGAAGCAUGAAGAAGAGAUCGACCUACUUUCCUUCUCACAGAAGGUCAUGGACAACGUCACUAACCCUAAGAAGGAGCUGACAUCGCCCCCCGAGGAUGGAGUCUACAUCUACGGUUUGUUCAUCGAAGGUGCACGCUGGGACACGGGCACCCACAUGGUACAGGGCUCUCAGCCGAAGGUGCUCUUCACUGAGUUGCCCUUACUGUGGUUCCUUCCAGUCAAGGACCGCAAGCCCAAUCCCAAGGACUACCGAUGUCCAACCUACAAGGUUCUCAGCCGAAAGGGCACGCUUCUCACCACAGGGCACUCGACCAAUUUCGUCCUUUACCUGGAGCUUCCAACUGACCAGGCUGUAUCGAAAUGGAUCAAAGCAGGGGUGGCUUCAUUCCUUGCUUUGAAACAUUGACCGGUGCAUACUUCACCGCAGCAAUUGGGAGAGCAAUCACACUUGACGCACGAGUGAGCAUUAGAAAGUAGAGCAUGAACACCAAGUGAGAAGAUGGAGCAGUAUAAUCUUUUGUAUGCCUGCGUUACUAUACAGUGUCACAGUUCAGAUGCAUGCUGUUUGUGUUUGGAGGUUUCUCAUUACCAUUACCUUCUUUGAAGGUCUUAUUGUUUGACCUAGGGGUCAUGCAAAAACUCCGACAAGGCUCAAAGAGCGUUGUUGGGAUGUGCCAUG